CUCUCUCUCUCUCUCUCUCCCUCUCUUUAUUCCUCGGUCUUUUACUGCCUCCGCUCCACCCUGGUUUAUCGGCCGAUCAGACUGCAAAUUCGUUUGUGACCGUGCAGUGUGGGUUCUGUAUCUAACCAGUGUCGAGAGGCAAACGAAAAACACGGCUGACGCCGCUCUCUUGGCGACGCCAGACCAAAAACCAGCAACGACAUAUAAGUACGAUUAGAGAGAAACGCGCGCGAGAAACAGAGGGAAAGAGAGAAAGAUAGUUUGCCCGUAGUAAUAGGGCCGACGGCAUUCGGUAUCGUUUCGUUCGGGCGCCACGAGCGAUAACACCGCUAACAUGUCUGUGAGGAUGGAAAACGUAGCCGCGCCGAGGAAGCUCAACUACAAAAUGAUGGGUACGAACGGCCCGCGACCGACGUACGUGGGUGCUAACAAUGGUAACGCCGGUGGCGCCGGGGGCGGCGGCGGCGGCGGCGGUGGAGGCAGCGGCGGUGGCGGCGUCGGCGUAGGUCCAGCAAGUGGCGGAGGUGGCGGCGGCGGAGGUGGCGGCGGCGGCGGUGGCGGAGGCGGAGGCGGACACGGAUUGAAGGGGAACACUAGCGGCGGUCCACGAGGCGGAAACCCUGUGCAGUAUCGUGCGAGCGGCGCCGCGGCGUGGGGUGCAGCACCACCCUCUCACGCAGCUGCGGCUGCGGCGGCGGCGGCGGCUGCCUACCCGCCGUACACGAGGUACCCGAGCGCAGCGGCCGCGGCUGCGGCGGCCGGUCAGAUGCCGGUCGGAGCACAGCAACUACCGCCUACGGCGAAUCCCUACGCCACCGCCUCCUACGCACAACACGCGUCGUAUGGUGGACAACGGGUACCAACGGCCUCUUCCCCAGCUAACACCAAUAGUAGUUGUAGCAGUGCUAAUGGUAGUCAAAGCGGGACAAUGAGCACAAGUCUUAGCAAUAAUGCUAUACAAGGACAGCAGGCAGAGCAACUGUCAAAAACAAAUUUGUAUAUCCGUGGCCUCAACCAAAAUACAACUGACAAAGACCUCGUUAACAUGUGUUCUCAAUAUGGAACUAUCACCUCUACAAAGGCAAUUUUGGAUAAAAACACAAAUAAAUGUAAAGGUUAUGGAUUUGUAGACUUUGAGUCACCAGUGGCGGCAGAGGGUGCUGUGAAAGCACUGGUCGCCAAGGGCAUCCAAGCGCAGAUGGCGAAAGUGGGUAUCUGGUUGCUCCGUAGACUGCCCAGUCAACAGGAGCAGGAUCCCACCAAUUUGUAUAUUGCAAACUUACCAUUGAACUUCAAAGAAAAUGAUGUUGAAGGAUUGCUCGCUCAGUAUGGGCAAGUUAUCUCAACGCGUAUAUUACGCGACACUGCUGGACAAAGUAAAGGUGUUGGAUUUGCAAGAAUGGAGUCCAAAGAGAAAUGCGAACAGAUUAUCCAGAUGUUUAAUGGAAAGGCGUUGCAAGGAGCUAAAGAUCCACUCUUGGUUAAAUUUGCUGAUGGUGGUAAUAAGAAAAAGUCAUUAUACAAAAGUACAAUAUGGAGAGAAACUGGAGAGAAUAUUACACUGAAUUAUGAUACAAGUGGCGUUGGUCAAAAUGGAGUUGCAACCACUCACAUGCUACCGGCAGCCACUUUAACGCAAUAUAGUCGUCACUAUGGUCAAGCAUUACCUGGCUACAGUGUACCAGGAGCUCCAUGGGUUACUCCUUAUUUGGUGCAAACUGCCCCUCCACAUAUGCAACAGGUCGACAUGAUGCCAUCAGCAGAUCCUAGCAAUCCACAGUACAGUAUGAUUCCUCAGCUUACAACGCAAAUGUCUACAUUGCAUCUUGGCACUGGUUCCUACAUAGCAGCAAGCCCACAUCCUUAUCCUUAUACUACUUACCCUCCUAGCAUUAUUCAUACCAUGCCAUUGGGUGAUUCUGAACAGACAAGUAACGCGGCAUCUCCUGAUGACUCCUAUCAACAAUACCAAGCUCAGCAGCCUAAGUAGGCUAUGGUUUUUAGGUAUGGAUAACAUAUACGAUUACACCGAGGGUUAUGUAAGUUAGGAGAACAACACCUGUUGAAACGAAGGAUUAUAUUAAUGAAGAAUAGAUGAGACUAAAUACAUUACAUAAAGUCAGAUAAGAUUCUUCCUCAUGAUAAUUGACUUGCCAGCCAUCUUUUAUACAUUUUAUCCACCAGAUAAAUAGGUGAAAGUAGUUAAUAUUUUCCAACGAUUAGAGAAUGAAUGUUGUCAUAAGAAGGGGGUACGAGUGCUUGUGUCAUCUACAUUGUUCGGCACCAGCACGGCUCCAUACGCUGUAAUCGCCAACACAUCAUUACGACAGUGACAAAGAAAAAAUUGAUAUUCUGCGACGGACAGUUUAGUGUCAAGCUGUUAGGCUUCCAGGAUUAACUUUAGGUAUUACAUUUACUAAGGAGACGAUAAGUCGAAGCUGAACGCUUGAGAGUGUGAAUAAAUAUUUUAACAAAAAAUGUGUAAACUAUAAAAGAAACGCUGCUCAGAAAUAUACAAAGGAGAAUUCUUCCCAAGAAAUAAUAAUAAUAAUAAUUAUAAUAAUAAUUAUAAUAAUAACGAUAUACAGAGAAACAAAAGCACUUCCAAUGCUAGAGUUGAUAAAGAAAAGAAAAAAGUCAUUCAGAUUCAGUUGAUUAUAAUCAGUACCUACCGGACUUGUGCCAGCUGGCUGGCCGGUGGCUGAGCUGCGAAAGAAGAGGCGAUCGAUCAGUGUUCUUUUACCUACGAAGAUGCUGAGAACAUACUCUUCCUUAACAGCAUACACCACCCCAUCCACAAAUUACACUCUCAUCACAUAUAGGACACUUGCGCGUACACACAGAACGGACGGACGGACGGAUGAACGGACGGACGGACGGACGGACGCGGACGAACGGACGGACGAACGGACAGACAGAUUAUUACAUUUUGUUUCUUUUUUUUUUCUGUUUUUGUUCAGACAUUCCAAGCCAGGCAUAUAUAUUGUAUGUAUGUAUUGCCACGCGAAGAUUUUUAUCUACUUUUUAUGAGUACAGUUCGCGGUUUUCUUUUUUUCACAAUCACGGACAAAUAAUAUAUUUUAAAAUAAACGCAGAAAACUGCGAAUACUUGAAGGAAACGGAGAUUAGCGAAAAAAGGAGAAAAAAGAAAUGAAAAUAAAUAAAAACGAAAAGCUUUAUUUCUAAAAAGGAAACAAAACCUUUUCAGGAUGAUAUGUAAUUAUUGUAACAAUGAACGAAAGGAACAUAGUACUUUUUAGAAGAUUUAUAUUUAUGAGUACAGUUACUACGAAUCGAAUAUCAGUUUUAAUUGUACAGUGAAUACAGAUAUUUUUUUUAGAAUUGUGCCUUUUCAGACAAAUCCGUUAGAGAAGGAUAUGCUGAAAAAAUAAUUAUAAUAUAUUUUUACGUCGGUAUGUAAUAUUGCGAAACUUGAGCCAAAUUUUGAUCUUCUAGUUAAGAGAAUAUAAUUGUUUUUGCGUUGUAGCCAGUUAAAUGUCACUGCGUUUGUUUUUUGAUUAUUCGGAUUUCGAAUAGAUUUUGUAUGUGUAUAGUUGCCACUAACGGGAUUGGGAGACGGGCCGGAAACCACACAUCCGCGUGCGGAGUCUUAGGAACAAUAAAGAAAAUCAAACGGCGGUUUCGAUCUGUGAA